GCGGCAGAGUGAAACGAACGUGAAUGGUGUCUCAAAGGAGUUUGUCGCCGUUUAAAACUUGACUUUAGCUAGUUUUUUAUUUCGUGAACUCUCCAUAUCAUGCAAUAUUAGUUCAAUUGACUUAUACCAUCGAUCUGUCUUCAGUUUGAAUCAAGCAAUUCUAGUACUUCCAUUUCAAAUAUCUUCGUGAAGUACUGCUUUCUGAUACAACAUGGAAAGUGAGAACAGCACUGGGAAGUCUCGUCCCAAAAGUCAACGAAACUUAAAUUUGGAAUCCAGUCAAAGGCUACCCAAUCUCAGCAAAAUAAAAUCAAAUAAUUUUGAAAUGGCUGUGAUGUCUCCCAUGACCAACUUGGUGCAUAACCUGAGCGGUGCCAGCCUGGACUCAACUCCAAAAAGAAGAUUCUUAUCUCAUGAUAACUUGGACGCGGACAUGGAAACCUUCGUAGGCACCAAAGGAUCUCUAGCCCUCACCAGCGGCGAAUUACUGGGUUCGCUGAGUGAAAAAGAAAACAGCUACACUUCAAUUCGAUCCUUUGCCGCCGCCGUUGCUUCCCCCGAAAAGCCCAAGAGCGCCGAGGACUUUAUCAGCAGACGCAGUCCGCGCCGACUGGCUCUAACCCGUCUCGACGUCAACAGUCCCAACAAGGCUCGUGUCGACAUCAACAGUCCCAUCAAGACAAACUUCGCUAAGCCUGCUCAGCCCGUGUCGUCUGGCAUUCCGUCGACACGCCUUCCAAGUAUAGAGGAUGUUGACUCUCAAGACAGUGGCUGCUUUCCGGAAGACUCCAAAUACUUCAAGUAUCCAGAGCCCUUGUGCCACCGUCGGAUGUCGGACCGCAACACCAGCCCUGCCUCUAUACGCUCCAGCAGUAGUUCCCUGAGUGCUGGUGGUUCACAAAAGUACGACGGGCCAGUUAAACUGGACUUCAGUUUCAUGUCUAACGGAGAUGAUGAGGGAAUCCCCGACGAGUUGUACGAGGAGGAAGACCAGGGUUUACCCACCUCAGUUUCACUGAGUCAGCUGAUCGCUACCCCGCUUAGCGAGCGCGCCACUAGACAGUUCAGUCAUGAAGACAGUCUGUCUCCUCCAGCCUACAGUGUCGCCAAGACUAAGGUUGACGAGUCUAUGGGCCAUAAUGAAUUCCUCCGUGUCCCCAAAGAAGCUGCCGUCGUCGAAAAGUUCGGCCGACCUUCGUUCCGGCGGUCACAAUCCAUGUUCGACCAGGCUACCCCAACUACGCGCAAUGCGUGCUACGAUUCGCCUUUGAAUCAGUCUCCUGUAGCCCGUGGCCUGUUCCUUCAGGAUGAAGACUCUGGAUCGAGCCCCCUUCCCCCCCUAGGCCUACAUGCCUUGAGAUUGCGUAUGCAGCCCUCACGAGUAAUUCAGCCGGUUGGAGGUCCCCCAUUCAAGAGGAGCGAGCCCUCGUCUGCGGAUUCCGCUGUCCAACAGCAGGAAAACAAAAGGCGGAAGGACGACAAUGACGACCGACCCGUGUUCACAAGUUUGGAUCACAAUGUCGGGAACAACAACAAAACGGCGGCUCUGUCGAGGCUACCCCAUCGGAUCCAGAGAUGCCAUUCGGAGACGGAAGCCACUAUUAUGCGCGCCCUUCAACGAUCUACGGAAGAGCCUGACCUCAUCGGAGAUUUUACCCGACCCUUUGCGCUACCGCUAACGGCAGGAAAACAUCAGGAUUUAAAGUGUAUUACGCCGCAGACCUUGGUAGAUUUGAUCAACGGCAAAUUCCAGGAUUACGUAGAAAAAUAUACCAUCAUUGAUUGCAGAUAUCCGUAUGAGUACGAGAACGGCCAUAUUAACGAUGCCGUCAACCUGUGGACCAAAGAUAUGGUGUGGAGCGUCUUUAUGGAGGGGAAAAGACAGCAAGCCCCGUCGACCACCCACGAUCAGGAGAAGAAGAGGAACAUCCUCAUUUUCCACUGUGAAUUCUCUUCCGAGAGAGGACCAGCUCUCUCUCGGUUUUUGCGUAACAAGGACCGCGAUGACAACAAGGACAAUUACCCGGCCCUUCACUGGCCUGAGGUCUACCUACUCCUCGGUGGCUACAAGGCCUUCUACGAGCAGUUUGACGAAAUGUGUGAACCCAGAGGCUACCUGCCCAUGAACCAGCAGGGUCGCGAAGAAGAGCUGCGCAAGUGCCGAGCUAAAACCAAGUCUUGCAACGGCGAAGGCAAGUCGGGCCGACCGUUAACGAAAUCUACCUCUCGACGAUUAGAAUUGCUUUAAUGUUCAUUUUAGAAAAGAAACACAAACCACACAAGAAAGUAACUAAAAAUUAAUAAGUUAAUUGUUUUUCGUCCUUAGCGGAUCCUUCGUCUGUGUAUGAAUUUGUCCCUUUUUUUUUUUACCCAUUUUCACCCAUCCUGUUCUCCGUUAUGAUUCUCCCCCUCCGUUUACCCUAGUAAUUCCCCGGGAUGUGCCAUUGGUUCUCACCCCGCACUCCGCUCCAUUUUUCCCCAAAUCUUACACACAACACAAAUGUGCAAUGCAGAAGUCCCGAUGGUCUCUCCCUUCUCCCAACUUUUUCUAUGUUCGCAUGAGUGGUCCUUUUAACGCGGUGGGAAUUUCAAUUCUUUCCUAUUUCUCUCCCAACAUCAUUCAAUUUUUUUUUUUUAGAAAUUUGUCCACAAAAAAUAUUUUUUAAAAAAAGUCUUAUUUUCUGUUCGAUUGACGUGAAAUUUUGUACAUUGGUAGUGGUAGUGCAUUUUUUUCGGAGCGCGAGUAAUACUAUCGAUUGUUGAAAAAACCUUGGGACGUCUCCCACAUCUGUGAUGAUCGAAGCGAUCAUCAUAUUGCUCACAGUUGAUGUUGAACUCUUUCCAUUUUACUACACCCAAACCCUUGCCAUACCUUCUGUAUGCGUAUGUGUGCGUGUCUUUAGUGAGUAUGAUUUUUUUUUUCAAAAAUCUCAUUUGGUAUAAAUAUAACAAACAAAAAAAAGAA